GAAAUGGAGAAUUGGCCCAUUUUCUUGUAACCUGAUCAUAUAUUUUCCUAUCAACUUCUCCAUUAUUUUCAAUCUCCCAUUUCUCUGCAAUUUCACGUUUGGGAAACAGCCGCACUGCAAUGGCUGCACCCAGUUGCGAGACAACUGGAAAUGGGAUACCAACAGGAGAUAAACUCAUAUUGAGGGGCUUGAAAUUUCAUGGUUUCCAUGGGGUAAAGUCUGAAGAAAAAAAACUGGGUCAGAAGUUCUUGGUUGAUGUAGAUGCCUGGAUGGAUCUUCGGAAUGCCGGUAAAUCCGACCUUUUAUCUGAUACCAUUAGCUACACUGAUAUUUACCGUAUAGUGAAGGAAGUUGUGGAAGGGCAAUCUCGUGAUCUUUUGGAAUCAGUGGCUCAAAUUGUUGCAUCAAAAAUCUUUACAAAUCACUCUCAAAUAUCGGCUGUUAGAGUGAAAGUUGGUAAGCCUCAUGUUGCUGUUCACGGUUCUCUUGACUACCUUGGCGUUGAGAUUAUAAGAUAUAGAAGCAUUGAUGCUUCUAAUUGACCAUCAUGUACGUAUAUAUAGACACACAUGCAUGUAUGUAUGCUUGCACAUAUGUAUGCAUGAAUGAGUGUAUGUACGAAUGUAUCAUCUUCAUCAAUGCCUGGUAUGGUCUGGCCCGGCUCUAGGGUUUUUCGUCACUACAUCUUGACAACUGGUGUAUUUGUAUAUUUCUUUUAUAUUAUAAAGUUUGAUAUGCUAAUAA